CCAACAUGACUAGUCAUGAUGAGGAAACCUUUACUGGGAAUUCAGUUUUUUGGAGCUACAGCGUGAUCAUGUUCCUCAUUCUUUUAUUCGGUUUCUUUGGUAAUCUGUUCACCAUAAUAGUCCUUCGACACCGGGAACACCGCAAGAAAAGUAUCACUCCAUUAAUGAUGAACCUGGCCGUAGCAGAUCUCAUGAUUGUCGUGUUUGGCUACCCAGCAGUCAUCAGCAAUAACAUGCAAGGUCAAAUGAUGCGUACGGGAGGACCUCUUUGUAUUUGGUCCGGGUUUAUCAACGGUAUAACGGGAAUUACAUCCAUCGGUACUCUAACAGCAAUGAGCGGUGUAGUGUAUCAAACUAUCAAGAGAAACAACCCAAAUUACUCCAUUCCUAACAGACAAAACUUAGUCCUCAUCAUGGGCGCAUGGCUGUAUGGAUUUGUCGCCUUGCUUCCUCCUUUGAUAGGAUGGAACCGGUUUGUGCCCGGUAAGGCCGGUCUUAGCUGUGCACCUGAUUGGACGACUCAGGACCUUGUGAGCACUGUGUAUAUCGUUCUGUUAGUCGCCGGUGGUUUCUUUAUACCGUUUAUAAUGAUAACAACGUUCCUUACCAUGACUCACAGAUUGCUUAGACGCUUUCCUGUGCCCUUGGAUCCUUUCAUCCUCGCACAACGCAGAAGAUACCAACAAAGAACAGUGUUAAUGAUCAUAGCAACCAUGGUGGCCUUCUUAUUGAGCUGGUCACCGUAUUGCAUCGUUAGCUUCACGGCAACUAUCAAAGGACACCAUGUACUCACAUCAGGUGAGGCAGAAAUCCCUGAACUCAUGGCUAAGGCCUCUGUUGUCUACAAUCCAAUCAUUUAUAUCAUUAUGAAUGAAAGAUUUCGGCGGACACUCGUACGAAUUAUCAUCGGUAACAACAGGCCGAGAGUGGCUCCGGAUGAAGCAACAGAUCAUAACUUUAUCAUCUCAGCGCCAAGAAACUUUGGGAGAGAAAAUAAUCUGGUUAUUACAACCACAGCAGAGAUAUGA